AUGGAUUUGAGUAAAACUAGUUAUUAUGGACAACCUUACGAUUACAAAUCUAUUUUGCAUUAUGACAGUCUAGCAUUUAGUAAAAACGGCCUCCCUACAAUGCUACCAAAAAAGACAGGUUAG